CAAUAAAGCAAUGUAUCACGUCAGUGUGUUCCUGACCAGCAGUGGGGUAGAAAGUCCAAGAUUCCACAUUUCGUCUGACGACUCUGUUGGAAUCAGAACUUACAGAAAUGAUGAAGCUAAUCCACAAGGGAAAUAAUAUGUUACCACUGCUUCUGACCUGGGUGAUACUUGUGCACACUGGAGAAGGGAUUGCAUUUAAUCAUAGCAAAAUGUCUGUUGUUGAAGCUCCUAUUGAGGUUACCCUCUUCAAUGGAACUCUGUUUGCCACCUGUGAACUCAAACCUGACCCCAAUCUUCCCACUGGCCAACCUGAAAUAUAUGGACAGGUUCUCUUCAAACAAACCUUCCCAGCAGGCAUACUGCAAGUGCUGAUCAAUGUUCAUGGCCUGCCCACUGAUGACCAACAGAAACGAGCUAUUCACGUCCAUCAGUUUGGAGACCUGAGCCAAGGAUGCAUCACUGCUGGUCCACACUAUAAUCCCCUGGGAGUGGACCAUCCCACACACCCUGGUGAUUUUGGCAACUAUGUGGCCAUCAAUGGAGCUAUAAGGCAACAUCUAAACAUGGAAAGGGGCACCUAUUUGGAGGUGAGGAUACAUUCGAGCUGCACUCGGUGGAUCUGGAGCUGGAGGCCGCGGAGAAGCAGAGCUGCGACCUACAGGUCCACUGCACCAAGGACGCGGCCCGCCCAGGUUUCGUUCACUCCGGCGCCGGGGUACCACGGAGCCUGGAUGCAGCAGCAGUGGAAGACACGAGCCAGGACCUCUCCCCCUCCGCCAUCACCCGUUUUCGAGAUCUCGACCCAGAACUGCUUCGCUCCCCUUCGCAAGACGGAAUGCGACGCGGUGAUCAUCGGAGACUCCAUCGUCCGGCACGUCCGUGCUACCAUGGCUAAAGGUAAGGUGCGCACUUGCUGUUUUCCUGGUGCUCAUGUUCUCGAUGUCGCUGCACAGGUACCUGCGAUCCUGAUUAAGAACAACAUUGGAGCUGUGGUCCUCCAUGCUGGCACGAACGACACCAGGCUGAGGCAGACGGAGAUCCUGAAGAAGGACUUCAGAAGCCUGGUUGAGAAGGUACACAGCGCCCAUGACGAGGAUCAUCGUGUCAGGACCGCUUCCCGCGUUCCAGCGAGGAAUCGAGAGCGUCCUAGGCUCUACCAUACUGAUGGCCUGCAGGGUUGGAGCAGCGGUCCUCUCGGACAACAUUUCCAGGACACUACGCACCAUCUGACUGGCACAUAGAGAUUGUGCCAGCUCCGGUAGACAGAGGCCAACCCUACAAGGAUCCUGAGGCACCCAGAGAUGGACCAGCUCCAGCUGGUUUCUGCUUCAUGAGGACUUGGGUAUUCAAAGCAACGCUGCCAACCCUAUGUGGACUUUGAGGAAGACAACAACCUCCAAAUUAAUAUACACACACAAAUCUACAUGACUAUACAUAAAUGCAGAAAGGGUAUUGUUCAUAUCACACUCCAGUGUCACCCAAAUGAGGAUGGGUUCCCUUUUGAGUCUGGUUCCUCUCAAGGUUUCUUCCUCAUCUAAGGGAGUUUUUCCUUGCCACAGUCGCCUCAGGCUUACUCACUAGGGAUAAUUUUGUCUAACAUCUAGGACUGUUUGGAUGUUUUUUGUUUGUUCUGUAAAGCUGCUUUGAGACAAUGUUCAUUGUUAAAAGCGCUAUACAAAUAAAAUGGAAUUGAAUUUG